CAAUGUUUACAAAAAAAUCGUUCAACACAUUUGCUAUCGAUGCUGUGUCAUUUAUCAUUUUCCCAUCAAGCGUCAAACAUUUAGGUAGAUCAUUGCUGACAUUUUUAGAUUUACCAAUAAUUUCCUUAAUAAUAUUCCAAGUUGUUUUAGUGUCAUUUCUAUACUUUUCAAGUAAAAUGGAAUAAUGAUUCAUUUUAGAAACUUUUUUUAGUUUUUCAAAUAAAUUUUUGUAUCCCUUGUGCCUCUUUUUUUUUGAGUAUGUUUUCUUUUUUAAAAACUUUUCAUAUAAUCUUUGCUUCUUCUUUGAGGAUAUAAUGAGUCCUUUUGUCUUACACGGGCUCAACAGGUUCUUGUUUUUGACAGUUACACGUCUUUUCGGAAAUGCUUUUUCGUACUGCGUGUAAAUAUAUUUUAAAAAUAACUCAUACGCGCUAUUAGCAUCUUCGCUUUGCAUGACUAACUCCCGGUAUAAGAUACUGUAAAAAUGUACGCAUUAAGACACACACUUAUUCGUUUAAAAAAGCUCUGCAUCUAUGUCAUCCUUUUUUGUCUUUUGUGUUUCUUCUGCCUCUAAGUAGCCAGAUUACAGGGACCUGUAAUCUGGCCCUGUAAUCUGGCUCAACGCAGAAGACGCGUGCGUUCCGUUUCUCGAUUUUAACUUUUUACUCACAUUUUUUCGACGGUGGAGGAGAGCAUGCGAUAUCUCGGAAUUGAGAAACAAAGAAAUGGAAACUUCCUCAAAGCUGUCUUUCACGAAAAGGUAGGAGGUCACUUACCAGCAAGUUCCAGUCACCCAGUGUAACCUGGCUGCAAAUAUGGACCAGUUCACUAUUCCUAAUUCUGUUCCGGUAUGCCAGCUUGAAUGUGGAGUUGCCUUUGAGGGUCUUCAACAAAAAGAAAAAUUAUAUGCUCAUUAUUUGUCAAAUGCAUGCUACCAGGGAGGAUUAAUUGUUCUUUUACAAACUUCCCCAGAAUCGCCAGGUAUUUUUAUGUUGUUGCAAAGAUUAUUUUCAGAGGAAAGACUUGAAGCCUUGAAAUCUAAGACUGUGGUUCCUGAUGGCAAUAUAACAGACAAUGAUUUCCAGGCAUUGUUAACUUAUGCUGCUGGGUUUUACUCAAACAUGGGUAACUAUAAAUCGUUUGGUGACACAAAAAUAGUUCCAGCAAUAGCACAGGAAAAAUUUAAAGCAGUAGUAUGGCAAAGUGAAGCAUACAAAAAAAACACAAAAUUAAUUGAACAGCUAUGGGUUGGAUGCAGUGGUGCUAUGUAUAAUCUGGAUCAAAGAAGAAAAGAACUUGGGCUUGGAAAAAAGGGACUUUCUACAUAUUAUUCUAGUAAUAUUACAGAAGAAGAUGUAAAUUUUGUCCAAGAGUUCAUGCAAGAAAAGAAGCUGAGCCCAUACAACACCCGUCUGUUCAAGGUUGCACAAAAAGAUAAAACUGUUAGUUAUCAGUUGCGACUAGCAUCAGCCGCUGGAGCUGAGAAAGCUGGUGAAGAUGACGACGUACACCAGCACUUAGGAUGUUCCACAUUUAAAGAUUUUAAAGUGGAAGUAACCAGAGGAGAUUAUUCUGAGUUGCUACAGCGCACAGUGACUUAUUUAAACAAGGCAAAGGAAUACGCUGCUAAUGAAAAUGAGGUCCAGAUGAUUGAAUAUUAUAUUAAGGCAUUCACUUUUGGAAGUAUUAAUGCCCAUAAGGAUGGCUCCAGAUAUUGGAUAAAAAAUAAAGGUCCGGUAAUUGAAACUUAUAUUGGUUUCAUUGAAUCCUAUCGUGAUCCAUAUGGCGUCCGUGGUGAAUUUGAAGGUUUUGUUGCCAUGGUUAAUAAAGCUAUGAGUGCAAAGUUUGGCAUCUUAGUUGAGAAUGCAGAAGAAUUGCUGAAGUUACUUCCUUGGCCGUCCGAGUAUGAAAAGGAUACAUUUUUACGUCCCGACUUCACCUCAUUGGAUGUACUAACUUUCGCUGGAAGUGGUAUACCUGCAGGAAUUAACAUCCCAAACUACGACGAUAUUAGACAGAAUGAAGGAUUUAAAAACGUCUCUCUUGGGAAUGUGCUUCAAUCGCACUCAACAGAUCAAAUUGUGACAUUUCUUAACAAAGAAAAUCAGGAAUUGUAUUCAAAAUAUAAAGCACCUUCUUUUGAAGUUCAAGUUGGUCUGCAUGAGUUGUUGGGACACGGGAGCGGAAAGUUAUUUCAAAAGAACCAAGAUGGUACUUUCAAUUUUGACGUGGAUCAAGUGAAGCAUCUGGAAACAAAUGAAAAGAUUACAUCUUGGUAUAAUCCUGGUGAGACUUGGGAUACAGUGUUUAGUGCAAUGGGUUCUAGCUAUGAAGAAUGCCGUGCAGAGUGCGUGGGAAUUUACUUGUGUCUGGACGAAGGUAUUUUAAGAACUUUUGGUCACGAAGGUGAUGAAGCAAAGAAGAUAACUUACAUCAAUUGGUUGAAUAUGGUCCGUGCAGGUCUGUUAGGGUUAGAAUUUUACUCACCAGAAACCAAGGAGUGGAAACAGGCUCACAUGAAUGCUCGUUUUGUUAUUUUACAAGUACUUAUGGAGGCUGGAAACGAAUUUGUUACUAUACAACGUACCACAGGAGAAGACGGAAAACCGGAUUUAAGAAUUGUGUUAAUAGAAGACCAAAUUAAGACAACUGGAAAAAAUGCUAUCGCUGAAUUCUUGAAAAAACUGCAGUUAUACAAGGCUACUGCGGAUGUCAACAAAGGCCAAGAGUUGUACAAGAAAUACUCUACGGUGAAUGAAGAUAUGCUAGCCAUGAGAGAAACAGUGUUAUCAAGAAAGCAACCGAGGCGAAUGUUUGUGCAAGCUAAUACAGAAAUAAUUGACUUAAAGAAACUUAUUGGUAUGCAUUCAUCACUUGCUCCUCACCUACAUCAAAGUUGUGCUGAAAUCAUAAAACUGUUUGAGAAAUGUCACGAAGAACAUAAAAUUGGAAAGUUUUUUGGCAAGUGCAAUGAUCUUAAAUAUGAACUUAGUAAAUGUUUUGCUGCAGAUACUGCAGAUAGACGAAGGAAGAACCGUGAAGAAAGUAUUAAAAAAAGAAAGAAAUUUGAACAGCAAUAUCGGGAGUACUUAUUCAAUGAAAAAUAGUUUUGUAAAAUAGUGUUUAUAUGUAGCAAGUAUUAUAUAUAAACUUAUUUUAUUUACAUAUUAUGUGGUUUUUGGCAAAAAGGAGAUCACAGAUAUAUUGUGGAGUAAACAGACGAAGCACCAAAGACAAAAAGUGGUAUAAUUGUCAUGCUGCUAAAAGAAUACCAGAUUUAUAAUUCUAAUCUAGUCUAAUGAACAUUUCAGCAAAUUAUUGUUUUUAUGAUUGUAUACUGAAAUUGGGUUAUAAACAGCAAAAGUGAAUAUUACAUACAUUUAAACCUUUCUAAUUCCUUUGUUUGUGUUUGUGUGUUAAUAAAGUUUUAGUGAUGUUGGAUAUAUAGUUGAUGAGUAUUUUAAUGAGCUCACACUUUUUUUACUUGAACAAACGUUUCUUCCGUUUUUUCUUAGAUAAUCUUGACGGAACGAGUGAGAUUGUUCUUUUAACCACUGAUAGUGUAUUACAAUGCUUACUGAAAUAAAACAAUUAAAAACCUUCAUUUUUAGAAUUAAAAAAUUCAUGAAAAGAGUAAAAUGUACACUUAAAUGGGCAUUGCAGCAUCACAGCCACAACAACAAGUAAUAACACAUACUAAUAUAUGCACAAGAACUGUUCAAGUCAUGCCUAGCUCAUCAGGUGUAAACAAA